AUGGUCCAACCAGAAGAACCCGAAUUCCAGCAAGCCUACAACGAGCUCCUCUCCACGCUGAAGGAGUCGACGUUGUUCGCCAAGCACCCAGAGUACGAGAAGGUGAUCCCUGUGGUGUCCAUCCCGGAGAGAAUCAUCCAGUUCAGAGUGACGUGGGAAGACGACAGCGGCGCCAUGCAGGUGAACAGGGGCUACAGAGUGCAGUUCAACUCAGCCUUGGGCCCAUACAAGGGCGGGUUGAGAUUGCACCCCUCUGUGAACCUCUCGAUCCUCAAGUUCUUGGGGUACGAGCAGAUCUUCAAGAACGCUUUGACCGGCCUCCCAAUGGGCGGUGGUAAGGGUGGCUCCGACUUCAACCCUAAGGGCAAGUCCGACAACGAGAUCAGAAGAUUCUGUGUCGCAUUCAUGAGACAGUUGGCCAGAUACAUCGGUCAGUUCACAGACGUGCCUGCCGGUGACAUCGGUACCGGUGGCAGAGAGAUCGGCUUCAUGUUCGGCGCCUACAAGCAGAUGCAGAACCAAUGGGAAGGUGUCCUCACCGGUAAGGGCUUGUCCUGGGGCGGCUCCUUGAUCAGACCAGAAGCCACCGGGUACGGUCUUGUCUACUACGUCGAGAAGAUGAUCGAAAAGGCCACCAACGGCAAGGAGACCUUUGCCGGUAAGAGGGUCGCCAUCUCCGGGUCCGGUAACGUUGCCCAGUACGCUGCCUUGAAGGCCAUCGAGUUGGGCUCCACCGUCGUGUCGCUCUCGGACUCCACGGGCACCAUCAUCAACCAGAAGGGUAUCUCUCCGGAGCAGAUCUACGCCAUCCAGGCCGCCAAGCUCCAGUUCAAGUCCUUGAAGGAGAUCAUUGCCACCGACAAGUCUUUCACCACCCAGUCCACCAAGUGCGAGUACUUGCCAGGCGAGAGACCUUGGGUCCACGUCGGCGCCGUCGACGUCGCCUUGCCUUCUGCCACCCAGAACGAGGUCUCCGGUGAGGAGGCCAAGGCUCUCGUUGCCGCCGGCUGCAAGUUCAUCGCCGAGGGCUCCAACAUGGGCUCCACCCAGGAGGCCAUCGAUGUCUUCGAGGCCGAGAGAAAGUCUGCCUCCGCCCUCGGCGCCUCCAUCUGGUACGCCCCAGGUAAGGCCGCCAACUGCGGUGGUGUCGCCGUCUCCGGCUUGGAGAUGGCCCAGAACUCCCAAAGAGAGUCCUGGACCGCCGAGGAGGUCGACCAGAAGUUGAAGGACAUCAUGGUCAACUGCUUCGAAAACUGCUACGAGACCUCUGUCGCCUACUCCGCCGAGACCAACAAGGGCUCGCUUCCUUCCCUCGUCAUGGGUGCCAACGUUGCUGGUUUCAUCAAGGUUGCCGACGCCAUGAAGGACCAAGGUGACUGGUGGUGA